AUGGUGUUUGUUGGUUUAAUUUUUGGUUUGGACAACAAAAACGAAACUGAUCUUAAUACUUUGGUUUUGCAGGAGGUGGCAAAAGAGGCAAUUGUAUUGCCGAAGAAUGCCAAGAAGAAUCUCUGUGAAGAAAAGAAUUAUCUUGGUCUGAAAGAGAUUGCUGGAGGCUCAUCUACUGUUGCAUGGCAAAGACCACCUAGUACAUGUGUGCCAACUGAACCAGCAGUUAUCGGAAGAGAUGCUGAUAAAGCCAAGAUACUUGAAAUGGUGUUAAGCGAUAAACCGACUGGUGGCAGAUUUCAUGUAAUACCCAUUGUUGGGCUAGGAGGAGUUGGCAAAACAACACUUGCUCGGGAGGUAUACAACGACAAGGCAGUGGCAGAUUUCAAUCCAAGAGCAUGGGCGUGUGUUUCGGAUGAUUUUGAUGUUCUGCGUAUCUCCAAGGCAAUUCUUGAGUCAAUCACUUCAUCAUCUUGUAGUCUAGAGAACUUAAAUGAAGUUCAGGUUCACUUGAAAAACGAAGUAGCUGGAAAAAAAUUCUUUCUUGUAUUAGAUGAUGUUUGGAGCAGAGAUUAUGGCUUGUGGGAAACUCUUAGGUCUCCCUUCAUGGCCGGGGCACCAGGAAGUAGGAUAAUUGUGACCACACGCAGUAUAGAUGUAGCUUUAACAAUGGGACAAAGCGAAUAUUUUCAGUUGAAACUUCUUUCAAAUGAUGAUUGUUGGGGCAUAUUCCAGAAGCAUGUAUCUGGGAGUAGAGUUAUUGUUUCAGGCCAAAAUUUGAAUUUAGUUCGUGAUAAAGUUGUUGAGAAGUGCAGAGGGUUACCCUUAGCAGCCAGGAUUCUUGGGGGUCUUUUACGAUCUAAGCAAAGAUAUGGUGAAUGGGAAGAUAUAUUGAACAGUAAAUUAUGGGAUUUACCUGAGGAAAAUGGCAUUCUCUCUGUUUUGAGACUAAGCUAUUAUCAUCUUCCUUCGCAUUUAAAAAGAUGUUUUGCUUAUUGUGCUAUUUUCCCUAAGGAUUAUGAAUUUAUGGAUAAGGAACUUAUUCUAUUAUGGAUGGCAGAAGGUCUUAUUCAACACUCUGAAAACAAGCAACUGGAAGACUUAGGUCAUGAGUACUUUUGUGAUUUAUUGUCGUGGUCAAUAUUUCAACAUUCAAAUACUAGUGGUGCUAGAUAUAUCAUGCAUGACCUUGUCAAUGAUUUGGCUCAGUGGAUAUCUGGAGGAACAACUUUUAGAUUGGAGGAUGAAUUCAAUCUCAUGCAACUGAAAAGAUUUGAUAGAAUUCGACAUUCUUCUUACACAUUUAGAUAUUAUGAAGUGAAAAACAAUUUUGAAGUUCUCUACAAAGUUGAGUCCCUGAGGACGUUGCUGAGAAUAUUCUUGCCAUUGAGCUAA